AUGACAGACAAGCCCGAGGGGGAAACCACUCCCAACCCCCAACCUGCAGAAGAGGAGAAAACCGAGCCAGCACCUAGUCAGGAGGUUGCCAGCCCUGAACAGUAUAUUAAACAUCCACUACAAAACAGAUGGGCACUCUGGUUUUUUAAAAAUGACAAGAGCAAAACUUGGCAAGCAAAUCUUCGUCUUAUCUCAAAGUUCGAUACUGUUGAAGAUUUUUGGGCUUUAUACAACCAUAUUCAGCUCUCUAGUAAUUUAAUGCCUGGCUGUGACUACUCACUCUUUAAGGAUGGGAUUGAGCCCAUGUGGGAAGAUGAAAAAAACAAGCGAGGAGGCCGAUGGCUAAUUACACUAAACAAGCAGCAGAGACGAAGUGACCUUGAUCGCUUCUGGCUAGAGACACUGCUGUGCCUUAUUGGGGAGUCAUUCGAUGACUACAGUGAUGAUGUGUGUGGUGCUGUUGUUAAUGUUAGAACUAAGGGUGAUAAAAUAGCAAUAUGGACAACUGAAUGUGAAAACAGGGAUGCUGUUACACAUAUAGGGAGAGUAUACAAGGAAAGAUUAGGACUUCCUCCAAAGAUAGUCAUUGGUUAUCAGUCCCAUGCAGACACAGCUACUAAGAGCGGCUCCACCACUAAAAAUAGGUUUGUUGUUUAAGACGACACCUUCUGAGUAUUCUUUCAUAGGAGACUGCGUCAAGCAAUCGAGAUUGGGAGCUGAACCAAAGCCUCUUCAAAAGCAGAGUGGACUACAUUUAAAUUUGAUUUCCAUCUAAAUGUUGCUAAGAUUUGUGAGAAGUCUCAUUCGCCUUUGUCUUGUACUUCUAUGUUCAAUUUUUCUAUUUUGGCUGAAGUAACCGUUACCAAUUGGAAUUUUAGUACACUUCACCCCCAAAUCCAUCAGUAUGUUUCUGGCCCACUCUGUAAUAGCUUGGUAGAAACAUUACUAUUGCAAAAAAAAUUUGUUUAUCCACAGUAUUCAGAAAAGAAGUUGCAUUUCUGUACCUGCAGGAGAUUACUCUGUUUUACAUUUGCAUUGUAUGCAGUAAGAUUUUGCUGGUUUGGAAAAAGAGUAUGGUGCAUACAGUUUUCUAGCAAUUUUUUUAUACAGCAUCAUCUUUGCUGUAACCUCUGCUGAUGGCUGCUAGAUUAAUUUAUUUGUUUUCCCUAUUUGAUAACAUUAGUGAUAUUUUGAUUUCAGUUGUUUUUGCUCAUGUAACAUUUGGUGAAGAAUCUGGGAAUAUGACAAAGGUGGAAUAAACGUUAAUUUUGUGCAUUCUUUGGUAAUUUUUUGGUUUUUUUGUAACAUCAGAGCUUUGCUACAGAUUUAUGCAUUUCAGUCAAAUCAGUGAUCUUUUUGUGUGAUUUCCUGAACAUAAAUGUGGAAUUUUUUUUAAUGUAACACCAUAAUUUACAUUCCUUACUAGAAAUAGUAUGUCUGUUUUUGUAUCUUAUGCUGUAUUUUAACACUUUGUAUUACUUAGGUUAUUUUGCUUUGGUUAAAAUGGCUCAAGUAGAAAAGCGGUCCCAUUCAUACUAAGACAGUGUACAAAACUGUAAAUAAAAUGUGUACAGUGAAUUGUCUUUUAGACAACUAGAUUUGUCCUUUUAUUUCUCCAUCUAUACAGCAAGUAUUUGUACCUCUUGUGACAAGGCAGUCUCUACUGUGGCUUCUAUUGUAGUGUCUUCCAAGAAAGAUAAAGUCUGGAGCUAACUGUUAAUAAACCUAUUAGAUAGCACCCUAAAUCAAAGUGGAAUUCUAUCAAUGUGGCUACUGUUCUUUCUUAGUGGUUGGUCUAAUUGAUCAUGGUUUGUGUUGUUUCUCUUUUGACUUCUGUUUUAUGCCCAAGUAAGAAUUUCAAGGGUACACAGAAAGCUGUUAAGUUUCAGGUAGCUACAGUAAAAGUGCUUUAGUGAGUGAUUCUGCUCUAAGGAUAUGAUACAUAAAGUACAGGUAGAGGAUACCAGAGACAUGGCUACAAAUAAAAGCGUGAGUAUCUAGAUAGCAAGCUAUUACAUGUCUGAUUAAUCGAAGCUUUGUUUCAUUGUUUGAAAGUUACUCCAGGAGAGCUGUAAGUCCACUUAGAGGUUCAUAGAAUGGAGGAGAUUUUGAGGGUUGAGUUCACUUAUUUUGGGCAAAAGACGAGAGGCUUUUUCUUUUCACCUCUUAAAGCAGAGCAUGCAGCAAAAUCAGUGCUUUAUUACUGAUUUCUUGCUUUUUUAAAGUGUGUGAUGUACUUAAAGAUCUUGCCAGGGCUAUGGAGCCUUUCUUCAGCUAAGUGUCAAGGCAGGUGCUUACUGUGGUUUUGAUCUUUGUGAUAACUUAUUAAAGCAAGUUUAGUCACUGGCAGUGAAGCUUCAGUUGAGUCUGCCUGAUGAAGGCACUGAAGUGUCUGUGUGCUGAAAUAGACUUGAACACUCUUCUUGCACAUUUGAUCAGAAAUGUGUCAUAAUGAGCAUAUCAGACUAUGCCAAAAAUGUCUGUAUCAUUAUUGCAGCUGUUUAACAGAAACACCUAGAGAUGACAUUUCUAUCUAGAGAUACUAUGCCUUCAGUAUUGGUCAUUAACCAGGAUAGCUGGUGAAUGUGGAGAGCGCUGUCGAGGCCGCGUGCUGGUUUCUGUGGAUUCUUGUGCAACUGGUUGCCUGUCCUGAUUCAGCAGGUGUGCAGAGCAAGUCAGGUUUGUUUAAUAGGUUUAUUGAUAGCAGAUUAUAGCAGUCCAUGCCUGUUUUCCAGGUUCAGCUAAUCAUCAGUAAUGCUUGCAUGCAUGAGAAUGUGAAGAUGAAUCAGCCUCCUGAGUGGUGACUGCGUGUGUGUAAUUUGGGAGCAUGGUGGCCAGG